CCUUUGGAAAUACAAAAUGUUUCAAGCCUUUGUUCGGCAAGCCACUUCAGCAUAUCACCCACUACCCAGUCUUCUGCCUGGUGAACCUGAGGUGAGGUAUAAGGGCAAGUUGGUGCACGAAACUCAGCUAAACUGCUUCUACAUCCAACCUGGAGGUUCCAACUAUGGGAGUCCCCGUCCAGCUCAUGCCAACAUGAAUGCCAACGCAGCUGCAGGGCUUGCCCCAGAGCAUAUCCCUACUCCAGGGGCAGCUCUGUCAUGGCAGGCUGCUAUCGAUGCUGCCAGGCAGGCCAAAUUGAUGGGUAGUGCUGGCAAUGCAACAAUAUCCACAGCUAGCUCCACACAGAGGAAACGACAGCAGUAUGGGAAACAGAAAAAACAGGGUACAACCACAGCUACACGUCCUCCCCGGGCAUUGCUGUGUUUAACGCUGAAAAAUCCCAUCCGGAGGGCAUGCAUCAGCAUCGUCGAAUGGAAAUCAUUUGAAAUAAUUAUUUUACUGACUAUUUUUGCCAAUUGUGUGGCCUUAGCUAUCUAUAUCCCCUUUCCAGAAGAUGAUUCCAAUGCCACCAAUUCCAAUCUGGAACGAGUGGAAUAUCUCUUCCUCAUAAUUUUUACAGUGGAAGCAUUUUUAAAAGUAAUAGCAUAUGGACUUCUCUUUCACCCCAAUGCUUACCUCCGCAAUGGCUGGAAUUUACUAGAUUUUAUAAUUGUGGUGGUAGGGCUUUUUAGUGCAAUUUUAGAACAAGCAACCAAAGCAGAUGGGGCGAAUUCAAUAGGAGGGAAAGGUGCCGGAUUUGAUGUUAAAGCACUGCGGGCUUUCCGAGUGUUACGCCCCUUACGACUGGUAUCUGGAGUUCCUAGUCUCCAAGUGGUUUUAAAUUCCAUUAUCAAGGCUAUGGUCCCCUUGCUGCACAUUGCCCUGCUGGUGCUGUUUGUCAUAAUUAUCUAUGCCAUCAUUGGACUGGAGCUAUUCAUGGGGAAGAUGCACAAGACCUGCUACUUAGUGCAAGGCGGAUUACCGGAAGAGGACCCCUCUCCUUGUGCUCCUCAAUCAGCGCAUGGACGGCAGUGUCAGAAUGGCACUGUGUGCAAAGCAGGAUGGGAGGGGCCCAAGCAUGGCAUUACCAAUUUCGACAACUUUGCCUUUGCCAUGUUAACUGUGUUUCAGUGCAUCACUAUGGAGGGCUGGACAGAUGUCCUUUACUGGAUGCAGGACGCUAUGGGCUAUGAGUUACCAUGGGUGUAUUUUGUCAGUCUGGUCAUCUUUGGAUCCUUUUUCGUUCUAAAUCUGGUUCUUGGUGUGUUGAGCGGGGAGUUUUCCAAAGAAAGAGAGAAGGCAAAGGCUCGGGGUGACUUUCAGAAGUUGCGGGAGAAACAACAGCUGGAGGAAGACUUGAAGGGGUACCUGGAUUGGAUAACUCAAGCAGAAGACAUUGAUCCAGAAAAUGAAGAUGAAGGCAUGGAUGAGGAGAAGCCCCGAAACAUGAGCAUGCCUACAAGUGAGACUGAGUCCGUGAACACAGACAAUGUGGCAGGAGCAGAUAUUGAAGGAGAAAACUGCGGUGCUAGGCUGGCGCAUCGGAUCUCCAAAUCUAAGUUUAGCCGCUACUGGCGCCGGUGGAACAGGUUCUGCAGGAGGAAGUGCCGAGCCGCUGUCAAGUCCAAUAUUUUCUACUGGCUGGUGAUCUUCCUUGUGUUUCUCAACACCCUUACCAUUGCCUCUGAACAUUACAACCAGCCAGACUGGCUCACAGAGGUCCAAGACACUGCCAAUAAGGUGCUGCUAGCUCUUUUCACGGCAGAGAUGCUGCUGAAGAUGUACAGCUUAGGUCUCCAGGCCUACUUUGUAUCUCUCUUCAACCGCUUUGACUGCUUUAUUGUUUGUGGAGGAAUCCUGGAGACCAUCCUGGUGGAGACCAAGAUCAUGUCACCGCUGGGCAUCUCGGUGUUGAGAUGCGUCCGACUCCUGAGAAUAUUUAAAAUCACAAGGUAUUGGAACUCCUUGAGUAACCUAGUGGCUUCACUGCUGAACUCAGUCCGCUCCAUCGCUUCCCUUUUGCUGCUUCUCUUCCUCUUCAUCAUCAUCUUCUCGCUCCUGGGAAUGCAGCUCUUUGGGGGCAAGUUUAACUUUGAUGAGAUGCAAACCAGGAGGAGCACGUUCGAUAACUUCCCCCAGUCCCUCCUCACUGUGUUUCAGAUCCUGACUGGGGAGGACUGGAAUUCGGUGAUGUAUGAUGGGAUCAUGGCUUAUGGCGGCCCCUCUUUUCCAGGAAUGUUGGUCUGUAUUUACUUCAUCAUCCUCUUCAUCUGCGGAAACUAUAUCCUGCUAAAUGUAUUUUUGGCCAUCGCUGUGGACAAUCUUGCCGAUGCAGAGAGUUUGACAUCUGCUCAGAAAGAAGAGGAAGAGGAAAAAGAAAGGAAAAAACUAGCUAGGACCGCUAGUCCUGAAAAGAAACAGGAGAUUGAGAAACCAGCUAUGGAGGAGGAGACAAAGGAGGAGAAAAUUGAGCUGAAAUCGAUCACUGCUGAUGGAGAGUCCCCACCUACUACCAAGAUCAAUGUGGAUGAUUAUCAGCCCAAUGAAAAUGAAGAGAAGAACCCAUAUCCUACUACAGAAGCUCCAGCAGAGGAAGAGGAGGAGGAGCCUGAAAUGCCUGUCGGCCCUCGGCCACGCCCAAUGUCUGAACUGCACCUCAAAGAGAAGGCUGUGCCCAUGCCGGAUGCCAGUGCUUUUUUCAUCUUCAGCCCUACCAACAGGUUUCGUCUCCACUGCCAUCGAAUCGUUAAUGAUAACAUUUUCACCAACCUGAUCCUCUUUUUCAUCUUGCUCAGCAGCAUCUCCCUGGCAGCUGAGGACCCUGUCCGACACUACUCCUUUAGGAACCAAAUUCUCUUUUAUUUUGAUAUAGUUUUUACUGUCAUUUUCACCAUUGAAAUUGCUCUGAAGAUCCUAGGCAAUGCAGACUAUGUCUUCACUAGUAUCUUUACAUUAGAAAUUAUUCUUAAGAUGACCGCAUAUGGAGCUUUCCUCCACAAAGGCUCCUUCUGCAGGAACUACUUCAACAUCCUAGACUUGCUGGUGGUCAGCGUGUCUCUCAUCUCCUUUGGGAUCCAGUCCAGUGCCAUCAAUGUAGUGAAGAUCUUACGUGUCCUGCGAGUGCUCAGACCGCUGAGGGCCAUCAACAGAGCCAAGGGACUAAAGCACGUGGUCCAGUGUGUAUUUGUAGCCAUCAGAACCAUCGGAAAUAUUGUGAUCGUCACCACUUUGCUGCAGUUCAUGUUUGCCUGCAUUGGAGUUCAGUUGUUCAAGGGCAAACUGUAUAGCUGCAGCGAUAGCUCCAAGCAAACAGAAGCAGAAUGCAGGGGGCAUUACAUUUCGUACAAAGACGGAGAGGUCACACACCCAAUGAUCCAGCCCCGCAAUUGGGAGAACAGCAAGUUUGACUUUGACAACGUCUUGACUGCCAUGAUGGCACUCUUCACUGUUUCAACCUUUGAGGGCUGGCCAGAGCUACUGUACAAAUCCAUUGAUUCUCACAUGGAGGACGUGGGACCCAUCUAUAACCACAGGGUGGAGAUCUCCAUUUUCUUCAUUAUCUAUAUCAUCAUCAUUGCUUUCUUCAUGAUGAACAUCUUCGUUGGUUUCGUCAUUGUCACGUUUCAGGAACAAGGAGAGCAGGAAUACAAGAACUGUGAGCUGGACAAGAACCAGCGCCAAUGUGUUGAGUAUGCCCUGAAGGCCCGCCCCCUGCGGAGGUACAUCCCUAAGAACCAAUACCAAUACAAAGUGUGGUAUGUGGUGAAUUCCACCUAUUUUGAGUACCUGAUGUUCGUUCUCAUCCUGCUGAACACCAUCUGCCUGGCCAUGCAGCACUAUGGUCAGAGCUGUCCCUUCAAACAAGCCAUGAAUAUCCUCAACAUGCUCUUCACGGGUCUCUUCACCGUCGAGAUGGUUCUGAAACUAAUUGCCUUCAAACCCAAGGGUUACUUUAGUGAUCCUUGGAAUGUUUUUGACUUCCUCAUCGUAAUUGGCAGCAUUAUAGACGUCAUUCUCAGUGAAACUAAUCACUAUUUCUGUGAUGCAUGGAAUACAUUUGACGCCUUGAUUGUUGUGGGUAGCAUUGUUGAUAUAGCAAUCACCGAGGUGAACCCAGCUGAACAUACCCAAUGCUCUUCCUCUAUGAAUGCAGAGGAAAACUCGCGCAUCUCAAUCACCUUUUUCCGACUCUUCCGUGUGAUGCGUCUCGUGAAGCUCCUGAGCCGUGGGGAGGGCAUCCGGACAUUGCUUUGGACCUUCAUCAAAUCCUUCCAGGCUCUCCCCUACGUGGCUCUUUUAAUAGUGAUGUUAUUCUUCAUCUAUGCAGUGAUUGGAAUGCAGGUGUUUGGUAAAAUUGCUCUGAAUGAUACCACGGAUAUCAACCGCAACAACAACUUUCAGACGUUCCCUCAAGCAGUGCUGCUACUCUUCAGGUGUGCCACUGGUGAAGGCUGGCAGGACAUCAUGCUUGCGUGUCUGCCAGACAAGAAGUGCGAUCCCGAGUCAGAGCCAACCAACUCUACUGAAGGCGACCAUUCCUGUGGGAGCAGCUUUUCCAUCUUUUAUUUCAUCAGCUUCUACAUGCUCUGUGCCUUUUUGAUUAUCAAUCUUUUUGUAGCUGUUAUUAUGGAUAACUUUGACUACUUGACGCGGGACUGGUCCAUUCUGGGGCCACAUCACCUUGACGAGUUUAAAAGGAUCUGGGCAGAGUAUGACCCUGAAGCCAAGGGACGGAUCAAACACCUGGACGUGGUGACGCUGCUCCGGCGGAUUCAGCCUCCGCUGGGCUUUGGGAAGCUCUGUCCUCAUCGAGUGGCUUGCAAACGCCUAGUCUCUAUGAAUAUGCCACUGAACAGUGAUGGGACUGUCAUGUUUAAUGCCACCCUCUUUGCGUUGGUCAGAACAGCACUGAGGAUCAAAACUGAAGGUAACCUGGAGCAAGCCAAUGAGGAGCUGCGAGCAAUCAUUAAGAAAAUCUGGAAGCGCACCAGCAUGAAGCUGCUGGAUCAGGUUGUGCCCCCGGCAGGUGAUGAUGAGGUGACAGUUGGGAAGUUUUAUGCCACUUUCCUGAUCCAAGAGUAUUUCCGGAAAUUCAAGAAACGUAAAGAACAAGGCCUCGUGGGCAAACCCUCACAGCGGAAUGCUCUCUCCUUGCAGGCCGGGUUGCGCACAUUGCACGACAUUGGGCCAGAGAUCCGACGGGCAAUCUCCGGAGACCUGACAGCCGAAGAGGAGCUAGACAAGGCCAUGAAAGAAGCUGUUUCUGCUGCCUCUGAAGAUGAUAUCUUCAGGAGGGCUGGUGGCCUGUUCGGAAACCAUGUCAGCUACUACCAAAGUGAUGGCAGGAGCUCAUUCCCCCAGACAUUCACCACCCAGCGCCCUUUGCACAUCAAUAAAUCUGGCAACAACCAGGGAGAUACGGAGUCCCCGUCACACGAGAAGCUAGUGGAUUCCACCUUCACUCCCAGCAGCUACUCGUCUUCGGGUUCCAAUGCCAACAUCAAUAAUGCCAACAAUACUGCCUUGUCCCGCUUCCCCAGCCCACCCAGCUACCCAAGUACUGUCAGCACGGUGGAGGGGCAUGGCACACCCUUGUCACCCACCAUACGAGUGCAAGAGGCCCCUUGGAAACUCACUUCCAAAAGCUCCAGUUCCAGAGACAGCCAGCUGGCAAUCGUUUGCCAAGAAGAAGUGUCUCAGGAUGAGACUUAUGAUGAGAAUUUGAAUGAAGACAUAGAGUACUGUAGCGAACCAAGCCUGAUCUCUACUGAAAUGCUGUCAUACCAAGAUGAUGAAAACAGACAACUGACUCCACCUGAAAACAACAAAGGGGAGGGCUCCAAGCUGUCUCCAAAGAGUGGAUUUCUUCGCUCUUCGUCACUGGGUCGAAGAGCAUCUUUUCACUUAGAGUGUCUGAAGAGACAGAAAAACCAAGGUGUAGAUGUCACACAGAAGACAGUUCUGCCGUUGCAUCUGGUACACCACCAGGCACUAGCAGUGGCAGGGCUGAGUCCCCUGCUCCAGAGAAGCCAUUCCCCAACAACGUUCUCCCCCCGGUUGUGUGCCACGCCCCCUGCCGUGCCCUGUAGCCGUGGCUGGCCACAGAAGACCAUCCCGACUUUACGGCUUGAUGGAGUGGAGUCCGGUGAGAAACUCAACAGUAGCUUCCCAUCAAUACACUGCAGCUCCUGGUACUCUGACAGCACCAGCUGCAGAAGCCCUCGGAGAGCCAGGCCAGUCUCCCUCACCGUCCCCAGCCAGACUGGGGGGAGCAGCAGGCAGUUCCACGGCAGCGCUGGCAGCCUUGUCGAAGCGGUCUUGAUUUCAGAAGGACUGAUGCAGUUUGCUCAAGAUCCAAAGUUCAUUGAGGUCACAACCCAAGAGCUAGCAGAUGCCUGUGACAUGACAAUAGAAGAGAUGGAAAAUGCAGCAGACAACAUACUCAACGGUAACAGCAAGCAGAGCCCCAAUGGCAACCUCUUGCCUUUUGUUAACUGCAGGGACCCAGGGCAGGACAGUGCAGGAGAGGAAGAGGAAGAGGUGCAGAACCCGGAUUGUAGAAAAAGUCAGGAGGAGCUCCAGGACAGCAGGAUUUAUGUCAGCAGCCUGUAGUUGCCAGGGCUGAAGCGAUGCUGGUUUUUUAUUUGUUUCAAUGUUCCUAAUGGGUUUGUUUCAGAAGUGCCUCACUGUUCUCGUGACCUGGAGUAACCGGAACAGCGUUCUUCAUUCAUUUCUGUUGGGACGAGCCGCAGAGUUGGGUGGUGUAAGAGAGCUUUUCAGGAGCGAAUACAACCCCAGCAUGUGUCCAUGAGGAGGAGGAAGAGGUGGCGGAGGAGAGCCAGCCCCUGCUUGUUCUCAGUUGCUGCACAAGGAACGACGGCUGCUUCCUGAAUGCAAAGGAGAACCUCAGCUUCCUGUGGAUGGCCCUCGCCAAAAGGACCCUGCAUCAAACGGGUGUCUUUCAACUUUGCUUGUAAAAUCAUUUUGCACAUAUUCUGUAUGAGCCUCACCGUCUCCAUAAAACCAAGGCCCUUUUGAUUUGGAAUAGAAUGAUUGACUUCUUCUCCUGUGGAUUCCAGUAGAAGAAGCAGAAGAAGCCUUAGGGGACAUGAGAGGCAAAUGGCAACACUGCAGGAAGGCUUGUUGACAGAAAAUGCAGAGACUCCCAGGCAGUGGUCUCUGCCAACCAAUCAGAGCUCAGGUAGCCAUGUCUGCCAACCAGUCAGAGCUCAGACAGCCAGCUGUGCCAACCAGUCAGAGAGCAGGUAGCAAGCUCUGUCAAGCAGAGCUGAGGCAACCUGCCCUUUUCUAAGUGAGGUGGUGAUGGGCUUAUGUAGAUCUCUCCUUAUUUUUGCAGUUUGAUAUUUUCUUGAAAGCAUGUUCCAAUUUUUAUUUUGAAUAUUUUUGUUUUGUUUUGGAGGGAGAGGGGAGAAAGGAGCGUUUACAAAGUUUUGUAACCACCCUUUUUGUUUUGUUUUGUUUUGUCUUCACCUUAGCAAAUGUUAAAUUGGUUUGGUUACAUUGUAUUAUUUAAACUAUUUUUUCUCCAUUGAAAUUCGGUAGAAGCUAUAAUGAUAGAAGAGUUUUAUCAACCAUUAUGUACACCAAGAAUUUGUAAUUUAAUUUGAUAGUAAUUGAAAUCUCCUUUUUUUUGUUGUUGUUUUAUAAUUUAAAGAUAGUAGGCAAUGCACUUGAUAUAGUCUUGCACAUUUGAGUGAUUGAUUUGGAUUCUUUUUAGUGCUAGGUAUUUUUGUGAGUAUGUGAGCGGCCCUGAGUGAGCGUGUGUGUGUAUGAGUGCAUACAGUUCUCCACUUCCUGGUUUUACCUUCAGGAGAUCUGUAUCUGGGGCCAUUUGAAUGCAAAAACAAACCACUGUCUCUGCUUUUGAAAGGGGAAUCAGUAACUCUUUGCAUUUUCUGUUCCACAAGAUAUGCAAAAACAAUGCAAUAAUAUUAAUUUUAAAAUACAAUUGUGAGUUGUGUUGGCAUUAAAACUGUAUAGAAACAAAAUUAAGGGGAAAAACAAACAAAAGUGAGAAGGAGUUAUGCUUCGAUAUAUUCCGUGUGAUGUUUUAUUGCAUUGAUAAUGUUUCUGUUGAAGAAACCGUAAUACUUGAAUUCAGGUCAGUUUCAGUAUUUUUCAAAUAUUUUUUUAAAAUGAAUUGCAAUUGUGCCAAGCGAAUAUAAUGAAUUGAAUUAAGUUUGUUUUAAAAGAUCACUUCUUGUAUAUUUUGCUGCAUGUAAAGUAAAUCAUUUCGUAUUUGGAGUGUGCCAAGCUUUACCUUUGAACUUUUAAGUGCUUUUCUACGUGUGGUUGGGGAAAUGGGUACUAAAUAUUUUUUUUCAUUUUUUAAUUUGUACAAUGAACAAAGUGUACCUAGUGUAAGUAACUAGUCUGCAAUCCACUGACAGGUUGAACGUUACUGAUUUUGCAUAUCUUGUGUUCACUUUCCUUUUUCCUCACUCCCUUAAACAUGCACAAUUAAUUUCUGAAUAGAGUAUCUUGCUUCCUGAAACCAGGACAUUUUAUCCAGUCUUCAUCCUCUUUCCUGUGCUCAGAUUCUCUCAAUAUUUCUUCUCACUAGGGUGGCAAAAUCCAUAUGCCAAGCAGAUGGGAUAAGAUUUCUAGGAACUCAGCUGGCAUCAGCAACUCUGGGGGGAUGGAAUUGUAAUAGGUAAUUUCAUAUUUCUUUCACUGAAUCUCUAACUCUCAUCAGUAAUAGAGUUUCCUGGGGUACAUGACAGGCAAAUGCGAGAGGCAGAGUUAUUAGCUAGGGAAAAUAAUCUAGCUCUGCCCUUAACUGAUAUUCCAGGGUAAGUGAGGUGAAGAGUUCUGAGUUGUUACUCAAGAGAAUUGCUCUGGUACUGCUCUCAGCUGGAGACACUGAAGGUUAGUGACAUGAGCCCAUAUUUUGCACUCCAGUGUGCAAUCUCAUCAUUCUCUUCAUACCUGAGUUUAUGGGCCAGGUUCUGGGCCUCAGUCAUACUGCUUUAAAUCUGGCAUAACUCCACUGAAGUCAAUGGCACUAUGUCUCGCGCCCAGUCUUGUUAUUCACUCUGAACUUCCUUUUCUCCCUCCUCUGCCUGGCACUUGUCUCCCGCCCAGUCUUGUUAUUCACUCUGAACUUCCUUUUCUCCCUCCUCUGCCUGGCACUUGUCUCUUACUAGUGACAAACCAGAAGAGAAUUGUAGAUCUUAUGCAAUUUGCUGGGUUUUCCUUGGAAAUGAAGUCUUCAUUUGGAAUCUUGGCUGUCUUUAUCUAAAACUCACAAGUUUUGCUCCAUUUUCCAGAUGGAUCCCAGAGUUGCAGAUCAGUACUGAAUAAAGAAGACUGAUCUGACUCAGGAAAAUCAGAACCAAAUUUUCAUCUAAAACUUGAGCUUAUUCUGAGAUCUGAAAAUGUUAAGUUUAUUAUGUAUAUUGUUUAUAGUUUCAUGCACCUCUGUACUUUCCUGCUUUUGAAUGGGGCCUAAAGGAGAAAUAACAAAGGGAUAUAUUUGGUGGUAUUGUAUUCCCAGUGGUAUUAUAAAGUGGCUAACAGCACUUCAAUAUGUCCUGGACAUUUUACAAGACAAAGCCUCUUCUCACAAGAUUUUCAGCCUAGUUAUUGAACCAAAGAAGCUUGCAGCAGUUUAGCUACACAUGGGUGGGGUGGGGGGUGUCAAAGUCUUGAAAUCCUUACUCAAGACUUACCUAGGCAAAAUUAUGCAUAGACAUCAAUUAGCCCAGUGCGGAGCAUUUUUACUGGUUCUUUACUGAGACAAACGCUCAUGGAGUUUUGCCUAUGACUUGCAUGUGGAUUCGGGAUUUUACUUAUCUGAUGCAAAUCAAACCUCCAAACCUUUUGAAGGUUCUCCAUUUUUAGUGCUGUGAUGCAUAGGUUCAGUGCUAUUGAAAAUGAAGUAUCCCCACUUCUAGUCACCUAUUUCUGAGAGGGAGUAAGGUGGUAGCGUCUCCCUAACUCAUUCUUUUUUACUGAAUAGUUCCUUUGACGCAAAUUUAGUGCGAGUUGUUGGUGCUCAUCACCUCUGAAAAACAAGCUACUAAUCUGUAGUAGUCUUUAUUGAAGUCAGUGGGAGCUCUGGGUGCUCAGCAAGUGCUCAUUUCCUCUUCGGAUUUGGCCUCAGGCUAGAGGAAGAAGCUUACAUCAUCUACAUCCUUCUGUGAAAACUGCUAUUCCCUCAGUGAUCACACCCUGCAGAGGGCUGGAGAAACCCCCAUCUCUCUACUGAACAGUCCUCUACAUCCUACUGAUUUAAAUCCUUGUACAGAGAGGACAAUGCAGAUGAAGAUGAUAUUUAUAAUUGGAGAGUGGUACUAAAAUCAGAACUUGCUGAUGCCAGCUGUGCUAAUUUCACUCUCUUUGGAAGAUGGCAUUUCAUUUAGGUACUUUCUGACAUACAGAGUGCAAUAGGUCUGAGCAAAGAGCUACUGCCUCCAUCAAGUGGAGCAGGGUCUGGGCCAUGGUGAGGAGGAGAGAGCAGGUUUAGUUCCCUGGAGUGUCUUUCCUUUCCCUGUGUAUUGGAGCUAGUGUCAGGUACAAUCACUGCACUGUGAGUGGAAACACUGAAGAAGUGAAUGAUUGAGGAGUUUUGUGUAAGGAAAAAGAAAGGAGGAAAUAGUCUUCAUCAUUUGCGUGUGGUUGAUCUGCAGCUUGUUAACAGUACACUGCAGACUAAAGACAUUUCUUAAAAAAACAAAAAAACUGCUCUCUUAUCACCCCUGGUCAUUACUCCAGGCAGCACCAGGCCAGUCACACUGGAUGCAUUUCUUUUUUCUUCCUUAUUCUGUGUGACUGACAGGAUGGAAAAAGUGGGACUGAUGAUCCAGAGCUGGAGUUUCCUUAUCCACGGACCUUUUCUGCAUCAUCUGCCUCUUCAGCUGGACAUAUGAAUGAUGAUGAUGAUGUAGAUGCUGCUGCUACUGUGAGGGGUUCAACUGUUUGAUUCCCCUGCCCGACCGCACCCCAGUCUGGAGGGACAGCUGAAGGAGCGCCAUGUACAGAAUCACAUCUAUUUCUGCUUUGUUUUCUGACUCAAAACCCUGCCCCCUCGAUGACUACGACAACAACAACAAAAAAAGGGCAAAUGCAUUUUUUUUACAUUUCUUGAUAAUUUUCAAAGCAAUGUAUCAUUGCUUUCUUUAGACUGAUGCCAAUAUAACAGUUGAAUGGGUCUCAGCCAGGCUCCUGUGUCUUUUCUGACUGCUAGUUUCAGAUUGCUGUGUGAAAUGUAUGCAUGUUUGCACACAGACACAAUCCCACAAGGUGAUAGACUCACAAGCCAGUCAGGUUGCUAACAUGCUUUUUACAUACAGUUGGAGGCCUCUUGCUUCUUACAUACAGAUGAAAAAACUAAUCAGCAAACCACAGAAUGAAUGAAGCAGCCACAUUUGGACAGAACUGAAUAAUAUAAUAUAUAUCCACAAUACAGCCUUGACUGUCCAAGUGUCAUGUGGGACACUGAGUAAGAAGUUUGGAAAUCAAGGGAUUUUAAAGUAAUUAACAUCUACCAGAGAACCUGCAUCUACUUCAGAUAGUUGUGCAUUUUGAUAGGUUCAGAUAAUCAAGAUUGUAGUGCAUAUAAAGAAAAUAUAAAGAAAGUCCAGGCAAAAGAUCUAAAUCACUUCUCACUAAUGCCAGUCUAAACCAAGUAUAAUUCAUUUGAAGCUAAUGAGGCAAUACUGAUAUCACCCCGGUGUGAAAUCAGAAUCAGGCCCAGAAAAUUUAUUUUUUCCUUCCUUUAUUUUCUUCCCUGAAGGAGCCCGACUAUAAAUUUUGCAUAAACCAGAGCUGUCUAGAUUUUUCAUUUUUAUUUUAAUAUCUGAUUUUAGUUGGCUUCGUCAGAUAAAUUAAUUCCCAUUUUUAAUUAAGCAGCCCAGGGAUCAAAACGGUUCUUAUCAGAAGUUCAGUCCCAAGAGAGACCCUCUGCUGCUGCUUUGUUUCUGAGGGUCUCACAGUAAGAGCCAUGUGGCCUCCCUGCUCCAGCGGGCCUGACAUGGGGGCCGGUGAGAAGGGCCGCAGAGCAAUGAAGUGCGUGGUGCAGCGUUAAAACCAGACAGGUCUCUAACUUAAUAUAAAGAGGUCUGUGGUAUCACACUGGGAUGAAAGUCUCUCCUGAUAUUAAAAUCAGCGUCCUGUUCAAAGCCCCUAUUCUCCCCACCUUGUAGAGACUUUGCUUAAGACGAGCAUAAAGAACAGCCCCUCUUUAGAAGUGAGCAGUACUGUCUAAAGGGCUACCCCAAAAACACAUCUUCAAUAAGCAAACUGCUGUAGGCAUUUAUCUACUUCAGCAUUAUGAAUGACUUCACAGGAGGCAAAAAUCAAUAGCUCACAAUCUCAUCACAUUCUCAAACUGUUUUUUCUUUAUUCCAUCUCACUCAGACAACCUGCUUUCAUUGAAGUCCAACACAUCACAUCACUGCUUUCACUUGGUCCAGGAGCAAACUGGCUGGGUCAUAGGCCAAAUGCUAUGCUGCACACACAGACAUGCUUCCUUCCUACAGCAGAUGCUCCCCCAACCUUCAAACAACCUCCUUCCUAUGCAGUAACCUUCCCAACCAUCUUCCCCUACUUAGUACAGAGCCUACCUGCCACUAGUCUUCUCUUCCAUAUGAUGGAUGUCCUGAAUUGUUGUCCAGCCAGGCAAAAUGUAAUCUAUUUCCCAGAGAGAAUCCGGGGCCAGUUUGCUCCUGGCUCAGUCAGUUAGACUAGUUUUCAGUACUCCUUAAAACCUCUCAUGCCAUGACCGCUCAUGGAAUUGACAGAUGCAGGGGUGUCCAGUCCAGCUAUGACCAUUUGAAUGGGGGAAGAUCUCAAAUAACUAAAAGUGAGAUUUUGAAUAUCACAUUACAAACUGCUUCAUCACUCAAGAGAGAUGCUUUUAAAACUGCCUUAACAAAUGAAUUCAAAAUGUUGGAGGGAGACUCCCUCCAAAUGAGUGACACACAGCAACAAGGGAAAAGCCAUUUUGGGGGUGAAAUCUGGCUGGAAGUGGCUGGAAUCCAGCUCAGUUCCAGAGGUGAAAACAUAGUUUAGGGCCUGAUCCUGUAGUACUUACUCAGGAUACAUUCCCCUUGACUUCAUUGAUUAAAGACUGCAAGAUCAGGACUUUACAAGGCAGAGGUGGGUAUUUUCUUGCCUGCAUCUGAUUAAUUUGGGAACUGAUCCUGCAAGGUGCUAAGCAUAUGUAUUUCCCAUUUGCUUCCACGGAAGAUUUGGUUGCUCAGCAUCUCUCAGGUUCAGCACUUCAUCAUUUCCUGCUCAGACCAUCAGCUAUAAAUGUUGACAAAUGUAAAGUGUUUUGCCUUCAUUUUAAUUGCCCAGUGCUGUUAAAUGAACUGUCCUAGGUGUAUGCCACCCCAGAUGUAAGUCUCCUCUCCCACAUUUCUCUCCACCCCAGAUGUCCCUACCAUCUUCACUGAAGCCCUUCCCAGUACUAGUUCUUUACCACAUCCCACAAUUUUAUACCCAGGUUUCAUGAAACCACAGAAAUGCUUUUGUAAAUAAUGCUGUACAGUUUGUAACUGUAAGUGUACGCCUGUCAUCGGUGCCAGAGUCCGGCUUGCCCUCUCGCACGUUUUAAAAAUCAAUGACGAAAAGUUAGAGCGAAUGGCCCACAAGUGAGCGAUAGGGUCAUCUCUGUGUGGGACAAAUGUAUAUUCCUGUAAGAUUGCAUUUUUAUCUAAGGAAUGAUGUUAUUUUAAAAAAUUGCUAAUAAAUUUCUAAACAAUGCCUA